AUGAUGGACUUCAAUAACGAAGAAAUUCUGCCGAGCUCUUCCGCCGGUGUGGAGGACGCAGACGCGUACCUGAACUCGCCGCCGACAGUCGUCAUAGACAACGGCUCUGGCUACAUGAAGGCGGGACUCUCCUCGGACGAGCAGCCGUCUGUCGUCUUCCCCACCAUCGUCGGGAGACCGCGCCGUCGGUUCGCCGAGCUCUACGCAAAGGGCGACGGCGCCGACGGCUCCAGCGCCGUCUUCGUCGGCGAGGAGGCGAUCGCCAACCGUCACCACCUGAGCUUCACGUACCCGAUUGACCAUGGGCACAUCGACAACUGGGUCGACAUGGAAGAAGUGUGGAACAAGACGUACAGCAUGCUGGGCGUCCAGCCGAGCGAGCACGCACUGUUGGUGACUGAGCCGCCGCUCUGCUCGCUGCGCCACAGAGAGAAGAUGGCGGAAAUGUUUUUUGAAACCUACAACGCACCUGAGCUCAACAUAUCCGUCACAGGGCUCAUGGCGAUCUACGGGACCGGCAGAACGACCGGCUUCGUGCUGGACAUCGGCGAAGGCAUUACUCAGUGCGUUCCCGUCUUCGAUGGCUACCUGGAGAAGGCCUCUGUGAAGCGAAGCGACUUUGGCGGUCAGGAGCUUCAGAUGUACUUGCAGAAGAUUCUCUGCGACAUGGGCUAUCCCAUGACUACGCGCGAUGACUACGAGCACGUUCGCGUCAUCAAAGAGACGCUCUGCUUCUGCUCGCUCAACCCCGCAGAGGACCAAAAUCGGGAGGACUUGGAGAAGACGUAUCACUUGCCAGACGGCCUGACGCUGCGCGACGGCGUCACCACAAAGGUUCUACCCCCCGAGGCUCUCUUCAAUCCGCAGCUCUGCGGGCGAGACAAUCCUUCGCUGAUCGACCUCGUCUGGUCGUCUAUCAUGGCGUGCCCGAUUGAAAGCCGAAAGAGCCUCGUCGGAAGCAUCGUCCUCAGCGGCGGCUCGUCCAUGUUCCCCGGAUUCCCUGAGCGUCUUGAGCAGGAACUGAAAAACACGUCGCCGCCGCAGGCGCGUCCCCACGUCCACGUGCUGAGUCAUCCGUCACGGGGAAGUUUAGUAUGGCAGGGCGCACGGCUCUACUGCCAGCCGGCGAUGCGCCCGAUGCAGGAUCAUCUGUGGAUUUCGCGACAAGAGUGGGACGAAAUCGGCAUGAAAAUCGUCGCCAAGAAGGCCGCGCUGAGAAUCACCUCCUAA